AUGGCUCAAAAAAAAAAGUUGCUGCAAUCACUUUUUCUUUAUACAGGCAUCAUUGUUGUGCUACUUCAACAACGAGUUUCCAUCGCACGAAUCGCCAUUGUCGGCAGCAUGCUUCUCUGGUUUGGCAUUGUGGCCUCAGCCUUUGCCACCAACAUCCAGUGGUUGUACUUUACGUAUGGUUUCAUCCACGGCGGCGGUAGAGGGGCGACGAUGAUUGCAGUAAAUACGGUCUUGCUGGCUUAUUUUGACAAGUACAGAGGAAUCGCAAGUGGUAUUCGGUACGCGGGGGCAACGUGCUCUGGCUUAAUUUUUCCAAAGCUGGUGGUCUUCUUAGAGAGAGAAUACGGUUUUCGAGGAAUGCUUUUGAUCGUAGGGGCAAUGUUGAUAAACGCGACUGCUUUUAUUUCUCUGCUUGAAGAACCACCCUGGUUUAGACAGCCACAACUAAAAAAAGACAAGGCUAUAUCGAAAAACGAGGGCGAUCCCGGUCAGUCUCAAGGUCAGAGUCUGCCUACACUAGAGGGCACUGAAAAAGAGUUUCAGGGACCAUACUCCGUAUUACACAUCAUCGCGGUUUUCCGUAGACCCAUGUUCUUUAUUGUCGCUCUGGCAGGUCUGAGUACUGUAUACACGCAGAGCAUAUUCUUUUCAACCAUAGUAGACUAUGCCAUGGACAGAGAAAUGUCUCUGGAUGCCGCCUCCUCUAUCCUCGUUUACACUUCCCUUACUGAUUUUCUCGGAGCCAUGGGACUUCCGUUACUUGCCGACAGAAAGCUUUUGCGACGGAGUACACUGGUGAUGUUUUGCUACGUAAUUGUCGGACUUUCCGCGAUUCUUUAUCCCAUUGUCACAUCGGUUCCACUCUUUGUGCUGGUUUCGCUCCUCCUGGCAAUGGCCGCAGCUACGCUCAUGACCAUGAGCACUGUGAUUGCAGCGGACUAUCUCGGCGUGGAAAAGAUUCCAAUCUUUCUCGCAACAAGUGGACUUGUGUCGGUCCCGCUUUAUUUCUGGAACCCUCGGAUUGUGGGUAAGUGGUGGCAGCUGAAACAUUCGUAUGUGAGAGUUUAUUGA